AUGCCUCCCGCCACCACAGCGUCAACUCCUGCUAAUCGGGCUCGAGAUGAUCUAGAUUCAACGUGGACCUAUCUGGAAAAGAGCGUCAACAAUGUCAUGACCAAACUUCAAGAGGGUCUUGAUAUGAAGACUUACAUGGGUGUCUACACUGCCGUCCACAAUUUCUGCACAUCCCAAAAGGCUGCUACCACUUCUGGCACUUCUCCCGGCACAUCCCCCCUCAGCGCAAGCCAUAGGGGUGCACAUCUCCUCGGUGAAGAGUUAUAUCAACUACUUGGGAAGUACCUCACAGAGCAUCUUUACAGCGUCCUCCAAGCCUCAGAAUCACAUACCGAUGAAGCCCUACUCACAUUCUAUAUUCGCGAGUGGAAGCGAUAUACCGAUGCUGCCAAAUACAACAAUCAUCUUUUCCGAUAUCUUAAUCGUCAUUGGGUUAAGCGUGAAAUCGACGAGGGAAAGAAGAACGUGUACGAUGUCUAUACUCUUCAUCUCGUCAAGUGGAAGGAUGACUUCUUCAAAGCAGUGGAGUCCAAGGUCAUGGCAGCCGUACUGCGGCUGGUCGAGAAACAGCGGAAUGGAGAGACCAUCGAUCAACUUCAGAUCAAAGCCAUUGUGGACAGCUUUGUGUCACUCGGCCUGGAUGAACAAGACAGCAGCAAGUCUACCCUGGACGUCUACAGGAUGUACUUUGAGCGCCCUUUCAUCGCAGCCACCAAAGAUUAUUACACCAAUGAAUCGAGGCGGUUUGUUGCCGAGAAUAGUGUUGUCGAAUAUAUGAAAAAGGCCGAAGCGAGACUCGAAGAAGAAAAGGAAAGAGUCGGUCUCUACCUCCAUCCAGAUAUCAUGAAGAAGCUCAUGGAUACCUGCAAUGAAGCACUCAUCGCGGCUCAUUCUGUUCUACUUCGAGAUGAAUUCCAACUCCUCCUCGACAACGAGCGCACAGAAGAUCUUGCUCGGAUGUACAAACUGUUGUCAAGAAUCAAGGAUGGCCUGGACCCUCUGCGCAACCGCUUCGAGGUGCACGUCAGAAAAGCUGGCACAGCUGCUGUGGAAAAAGUUGCUGCGAAUGGUGACAAUUUUGAGCCCAAGGUCUAUGUCGAUGCCUUACUGGAGAUCCAUGGCAAAUAUCAACAGCUGGUCAAUGUCGCCUUCACUGGUGAGGCAGAGUUCGUCAGAUCCCUCGACAAUGCUUGUCAAGAGUUUGUCAAUCACAAUCGGGUUUGUAAAUCCAACUCCACACGUUCUCCAGAACUACUUGCCAAGUACGCCGAUCAACUCUUGAAGAAAGGUGCCAAGGCGGCCGAUGAGUCCGAACUGGAGGAACUUUUGGUGCAGAUAAUGAUUGUCUUCAAAUACAUUGAGGACAAGGAUGUCUUCCAGAAGUUCUACUCUCGCAUGCUGGCAAAACGCUUGGUCCAUACAAGCUCUGUUUCUGAUGAUGCUGAGACUAGCAUGAUCAGCAAGCUCAAGGAAGCCUGUGGUUACGAGUAUACCAACAAGUUACAACGGAUGUUCCAGGAUGUACAAAUCUCCAAAGAUCUCAACACCGCCUACAAAGAUUGGCAUGACAAGAUUUUGGAAGACAGCAACGACAAGCGAAGUGUCGAUUCAACAUACCAGAUCCUAGGAACGGGUUUCUGGCCGCUGAAUGCUCCCAACACCCCAUUUGUUCCUCCCCAGGAAGUCAGCAAAGCGAUAGAGUCUUUCACCCGCUUCUAUGAUCAGAAGCACAAUGGCCGAAAACUUACUUGGCUAUGGCAGUUAUGCAAAGGAGAAAUCCGAGCAAAUUACAUCCGAAGUCAGAAAGUGCCAUAUACUUUCCAAGUCUCUACAUAUCAGAUGGCGAUACUGUUAUUGUUCAAUGAGACUGACAAGCUUGAUUACUCAGAGAUCAAAGAUCUCACCAAACUGACCGACGAGACAAUUGAACCAGCCAUCGGCAUUCUUUGCAAGGCUCGUGUUCUACUCCCAUCCCCUGAGGAUGGCAAAGCCGCCCCAGGAACGAAAUAUGCUCUCAACUACAACUUUAAGAACAAAAAGGUCAAGAUUAACCUGAACAUUCAAGUCAAGUCAGAGCAAAAGGUGGAAUCGGAAGACACUCACAAGACGAUCGAGGAGGAUCGGAAGUUAUUGCUUCAGGCUGUCAUUGUUCGGAUCAUGAAGGGUCGAAAGAAACUCAAGCAUGUUCAUCUUGUUGAGGAAGUUAUUACCCAAGUCCGCAAUCGAUUCCCCCCAAAGAUUUCUGACAUCAAGAAAAACAUCGACGCCUUGAUGGAAAAAGACUACCUAGAGAGACUCGACAACGAUGAAUUGGCAUAUAUCGCAUGA